AAAGUGUUUGAAUAUAAUGUGCUAUGUGCAUUGAUCGACACAUGCGCACCUAGAAUUCUUAAAUUAUCAGACCUAAACGAGAAUCAAAAUGGAAGAAAAUACACCUACUGUUAGUUUGGUGUCCUGUAUGCACUUUGUGCGCCGCGGGGUAGCCAAAGAAGUUCCUGAAAAGAUCGAGCUGACAGAAAAAGAGCUUGAGAAAAUUAUAAAACAAACUGCAGAUGAGUUGCGUUUGACAGAGAGAGGAGAAGAUGUAUCGGACGAUGAGGCUGAGGCGGGUCCCAGCUCUACCCGACCUCCUCCAGAGAAUCCCAACGAUGAGUUUGAUUUUGAAAAGUAUGAUGAAGAAGAUUCAACUAACCCAGUGGGCAUAGGAACUGUAGCAACUUUACCCAACUUGGGAGACUUGGGUGACAAUGUGCAGAUUAGGACGGACGGGCCGGACAGCGACGAGGAGGACGACAUCAUCAAGCCCAGCGACAACCUGCUGCUCGUCGGCCACGUGGAGAGCGACGCCAGUGUUCUAGAAGUCUACAUUUUCAACAAAGAAGAAGACUCUUUUUACGUCCACCACGACAUCGUUCUGCCGUGGUUCCCGCUGUGCAUCGAGUGGCUGAGCCACGACCCUUCAGACACCAAGCCAGGCAAUCUUUGCGCCUUGGGUGGCAUGGACCCCGUCAUCCAGGUGUGGGACCUGGACAUCGAGAACUGCCUCGAACCCGCCUUCAAACUCGGCCGGAAACCUAACAAAAACAAGAAGACCAAGAGAGUCGGCCAUAAAAACGCUGUCUUGGACAUGUCUUGGAACAGAAAUUUUACACAUGUUUUGGCAAGUGGGUCUGCUGACAACACGGUGCUGUUGUGGGACCUGGACCAGGGAACCCCCCAUACAAAGCUGGACUAUUUUCAGGACAAAGUGCAGUCUCUGUGCUUCCACUUGCGCGAGCCGCAGACGCUGUUGUCGGGCAGCUGCGACGGCGCGGCGCGCGUGUCGGACUGCCGCGACGCGGCGGCGCACCGCGCCUGGCGGCUCGGCCCCGAGAUCGAGCGCGUCGCCUGGGACCCGCACAACCCCUACUGUUUUGUAAUGAGCAACAACGUGGGCCGCGUGGCGUACGUGGACGUGCGACACGACCAGCCCGUGUGGGACCUCGCGGCGCACGACAAGGAGGUCACAGGUCUCAUCCUUAGCGAAAUUCCCGGCCUAAUGAUCACAGUCAGCACGGACGGCAAACUCAAGACUUGGGACAUCCAAAGGUCGCCGCCGGCGCAGGUGAGCGAGCGCGCGAGCCGCGUGGGGCAGGCGCUGUGCGCGGCCGCGUGCCCCGAGGCGCCCCUCUCGCUGGCGCUGGGCGGCGACAACAAGCAGUGCUUCAUCGAGAUGCUCGACCUCACCGCCAACGAACAAGUAUCAAGCCUGUUCGAACCCCGAGCCGCGGCCGCAGCGCCCGCCGCCGGCGCCAGCGCCAUGGAGUCCUAGACCCCAACAAUAUAUUACAACACACAC